GUCUGUGAGAGAAAGGAGAGGGGAGGCAGGAGGGCUUUUUCCUUUUUUCCUCCUUUUCUUUUUUUUCUUUUUUUUUCUGGUCGGUUUUAGUUGGAAAGACAUGAGUCGCAGUUUAUUGAGAAGGGCAGGUAUCCGGCAGAGCCAGCCAAAGUUUUUCACCGUGUAGACGAACGGGAUCUGUGCGUCGCAAAGGGAUUAUAAUCUCAAAAUACCAGCAGCCAUGGAUGUGAGGGCAAACUCGGAGGUGAGCGGGUGGUUUGCAGACGAACAUGACUGCCAACAAGAGUUCAAAGGCUGCUCCUCGUGCAGCAGGAGGUAAAGCUCCUCGGGACGUCCCUGACAGGUGCCAGUCUACAUCACCGUGUCCUGCUCUCUCUGCCAGCCAGCGGCAGAGCCAGCAGCCGCUCCUCAGCGACAGUGAGAACUCUGGCAAGCAGAGCAGGUACGUCAGAACUGACGGCAGGUUUCUGCUACGUGGUGGAUGGAAUAACAAGACAGCUAGCCUGUGCAGCGGUGCAUCUCUCACAAGUGAGCCUGACUGCCAGGGCCGUCUAACCAAGUCAAAGAGCAUCAGCUGCCUGGAGAACAGGCUUUCCAUCUACAAGCCUCCAGCUCAAACCAAGUCCUGUCAGGAAAGUCAGGGCGCACAGGAGCAGAAGGAGAAACAAGGGGAUCUCGCUCCAGGAGAUGGACUUAAUGGUAGGACACUGAGCUGGAGCACGCUCUCACUGGGACCUUCCUCUUACCAAGGCCACAAGCGCGCCCUCUCUCUCACCUCUUCAGCAACAGGUGUCCCCCCUGCCACAAUCCGCAAGAAGAUCUCAGAAUGGGAGUGCAGAAGGGUGUCUCUGCCUAGGAUGAGCUUGUGUCUGGACAAAAGAGGAGGGGAGCGCAUAGGGAGUAGCGAGGGCUGCCCGAGCCUGCUGUCUUCUCCCUGCAGCGAGAAGACUUUUGACUUUAAGGGGGUUCGCAGGAUGAGCACGGCAUUCUCUGAAUGCUCCUUCACAGAGACGGAGGAGGAGGAAGGAUUUCCAGACAAAAACGGACGUUUCCAGAAAAGGAUCGGCAAGACAGACUCUACGGGACCGUUUGUGCGCUCCCUGUCUACUCGCAAAGAGACGUCAGCAGUCCUCAACAGGAUACAAAAGAUCGAGCAAGCCCUGAAGGAGAAUCCCAGCCCACCCCCUCCACGUUACCUGAGUAACUGCUACGCGCCGGAUAAGACGAGACAAAAGUCCUUUGUGAUAGGGGACGACCUGGACAGCACAUGUACCAGUAAGCGCAGCAGCAUUUGUUCAGUGAACACUGAACCGGACACCGCUUUGGUGCCCGACAAGCUCUCUAAACUCAGACAAAGGUUUAGUGUGAGCUCAGCCAGGUCCGAGAGCCCAGAACCACCGAGCCAAAAGAACUCUGUUAGCACACCAGUCAACCCCUUACCUAAACCCAAACGCACUUUUGAAUACGACGCCAAUCGAGACCAGAAGGGUGCAUCGUCGACCAAUGGACUACCUCCAGACAGAGCCUCUGAGUCUCCGCCGCCGCUGCCCUCGACCCCUGCACCCAGCACGACACGAACGGCAAAGACCGAAGGAAGUGCCCCCAUCAGAAUCCAGGACAGAGAGUCGUGUGAGUCGGAGGAUGCUGCCAGCUUGCCGUCUUCAUAUCCGUCCUCGCCCACGGAGAAUGGCGCACUGACCACAGACGCACGGAGCCGACCCAAUUCCAAAAGCACUUUAGAGGAGAAUGCCUAUGAGGACAUAGUAGAGAAGGAGAAUCCAUAUGAGGACGUCGACCUGAAGCGGCGGAGUUUGGGCCGUACGUCUCGUCUGUUGGAGAACAACCGCUCUUGGUCCGUCAUGGACAGGAAGCUGAACUCUCCGCCUCAGCUGCCUUCCAAACCCAGCAGUCAGUCCCUUCACUUGCCUGCUCCGAGCGACAGGAAAAGCCAUCGGAUGUCGCAGCUGACCAAACGCUACAGCCACGACGAAAUGCUGCUUCUCCCCCAGAUUGGUGUAUCACCUUCACCUUGCGGCCUGCUGGAUGAUAGCCUCUGUAGCACAACCGAUACCCUGCCCUCACACAGGCACUGGAGGAUCCCCAAGCUGGUCCAGAGGAUCAACUCCAUUUACUGCACUAAACGUGGGAAGAAGAGGUUGAAGAAGCUUUCCAUGUCUAAUGUUGAGACUGCAUCUCUGAGAGACGACAACAGCGAGAGCGAGAGCGACUCAGACGACAGGUUCAAAGCUCACACCCAGAGGUUAUUAAAGUUACAGUCCAUCCUGCGACGAGCCCCGAGCUAUCGAACGCUGGAGCUGCAGCUCAUCGAGUGGCAGGAGAGAGAACUCUUUGAGUACUUUGUGGUUGUUUCUCUGAAAAAGAAACCCACCAAGAACUCCUACUCCCCAGAGGUCACCUACCAAUUCCCCAAGCUGGAUAGGCCCACCAAGCAGAUGAGGGAGGCAGAACAGAGGCUCAAAGCCAUUCCCCAGUUCUGUUUCCCAGAUGCCAAAGACUGGAGUCCGGUCUCAGAGUACAGCAGCGAGACCUUCUCCUUCAUGCUGACUGGGGAGGACGGCAGCAGGAGGUUUGGGUACUGCAGGCGCCUGCUGCCAACUGGGAAAGGACCUCGCCUUCCUGAGGUGUACUGUGUCAUCAGCAGGCUGGGCUGUUUUGACUUGUUCUCUACAAUCCUGGAUGAGGUAGAGAGACGGAGAGGCAUCUCAGCAGCUCUGGUCUAUCCCUUCAUGAGGAGUCUGAUGGAGUCCCCCUUUCCUGCUCCAGGGAAGAUCAUCAAAGUAAAAACCUUCCUUCCCGGUGCAGGAAAUGAGGUCAUUGAGUUGAGGCGGCCCACCGAUUCCCGACUGGAGCACGUGGACUUUGAAAGUCUGUUCAAGUGUCUCAGCGUGCGGCAAGUGAUUCGCGUCUUUGCCUCGCUGCUGCUGGAGCGGAGAGUCAUCUUUGUGGCUGAUAAACUCAGCACCCUGUCCAGCUGCAUGCAUGCUGUGGUGGCGCUCCUCUACCCCUUCUCCUGGCAACACACCUUCAUCCCGGUGCUGCCAGGGUCCAUGCUGGAUAUCGUCUGCUGUCCCACUCCGUUCCUGGUGGGGCUGCUCUCCAGUUCGAUGCCUAAACUCAAAGAGCUGCCUGUAGAAGAGGCUUUAAUGGUCGACCUGGGAACUGACCGCUUCAUUAGACAGAUGGAUGACGAGGCAUCGCUGUUGCCGCGGAAACUUCAAGCAGCUCUCGAGCAAGCGCUGGAGCAGAGGAAUGACAUCAUCACUCAGGACUCUGACAGCGAGUCAGACGAAGAGUAUAACUCGCUGAACAGCCUGGUGUCGGAGGCGUUCAUCCGCUUCUUCCUGGAGACUAUUGGACAUUACUCCCUGUUUAUCACUCAGAAUGAGCGUGGGGAGCGCAUUUUCCAAAGAGAGGCCUUCCGCAAAUCAGUGGCAUCCAAGAGCAUCCGACGUUUCCUGGGAGUCUUCAUGGAGUCUCAGAUGUUUGCAGGGUUCAUCCAAGACCGGGAGCUCAGAAAGACACGAGCUAAAGGUCUGUUUGAGCAGCGGGUAGAUCAAUAUUUGGAGGAGCUGCCAGACACAGAGCAGAGUGGAGUCAACAAGUUCCUCAGAGGCCUUGGAAGUAAAAUGAAGUUUCUCCACAAAAAGAACUGAGGAGACGACCUGAUCUUUCAAGUCUCUGCGUCAAGACGACUCCCAUUUUCAUCCUUUGUUUUGUUUUAAAUGUUCUAAAAGCAUGUACAUAUUAUUUCACUGUAAGCUGUGAUACUCUUCAGCCUAUGUUUAUAGUAUGAGAUAGCAAUAGCAGGACGGUACACAGCAUGUGAGUCGUAGAGUAACCACUGAUGUCUAGUCGUGCUUGUGAAGAGUGUUAUCGGAGUUUGUGAGUGUAUGUGACUUGCAGGUGGGCGUAGAUGUGCAGAUAUGUUUUCCUUUUUGCAUUAUUUUACGACAGUGUUUUUCUCUGUUUGACCUAAAGCUUAUUCAAAAACUGUACAUGCAAUACAAUGAAGAAGAUGCUUUGAACUCUUCCUGGAGAUUUUUACAGUCUUUUAUUAAAAGUGAUCAUUAAAAUUGUUUCAGUGCCCAAGUGUAAGCAUUGAACUUAAACUUUA